GGAGGGGCAUGAGGGACCCUGGCUUCCCCGCAGGGGUGGGGCCUGAGGCCCUAGAAGUUGGAAGUGGGGGGCCAGAAGGCACCGCUGAGGUCAUCGCCAGGGAUCCUGGUUUUCUCUGAUUUAAAAAAAAAAAAAUCCCCAAUUUUCACGUUAAAAAAAAGAACCCAAAAUCCACAUUUUUCCUUGAUCAAAAUGAAACCUCUCUCUCUCUCUCUCUCUCUCUCUCUCUCAAAUUAGGUUAUUAUUAGAUUAAAUUAGGCCAAAUUCAGUUAAUUGGUGGCCGUCUACCCGCAGGCUGGAUUGAAUGUGUUGGCGGGCUGCCCUGCCCUGGGUUAACACACAAGCUCCCGCUUGCUUGAACGGGGCAGCUAAUUCCCUUUGUCAUCACCCUGCAGACCGGGUUGUCUGCUUCUGCAUUGAUUCCCGCUUCAUUCCUGACCCGGAGAUGUCGCAAGAGCUGCCAAACCUGGCGAAUUUCCUGCUUGGAGUCACCGAGGGGUUCGGUGAUGCGUUGGGUCUGCUCACCGGCAGCGUUAGGGGCUAACUGCUUUUCGUUCCUUUUACGAGGGUUUCUGCGAGAGGAUCUGCCAUUGCCUUUGAGUGGCACGUAGAAAAGCCAAUGGGAUUCCCCCCCAAUAGAGGUUUUGAGGCUGGUAAGGGGGUUCGUCGACUAGCGUGGGAUUCACGUGACUUCUCGCUGCCGCUAAUUUCGAUCUCUUUCCUUUUUCUCCUCCCUGCCACAACGGGUGCAGACGACAGAGGGAGGAGACGGGAAAGACGCCGGCUCUGAUGAGCAGCAGGAGAAAAAGAGGAAGGAAAACAUAGCCUAUGCCAAGAAGGUCGUGCUGCGGCUAGCAGGGCUGAUGGGAGCCGGGAGCGGGCUAGCAAUUAUCUAUGUCUUCGGCAGCAACUCCUUGGAUGAGCAUGGGGCUAAGAUUCCAGACGAAUUCGAUAACGACCCCGUGGUGCUGCAGCAGUUCCGAAGGACGCAUAAAUACUUCAAAGACUACUGGCAGAUGAUCAUCGAGCCCAUGAGUCCCAAGCUGCUCCCGGACCCCCUCAAGGAGCCAUACUACCAGCCACCCUACACCCUGGUCAUCGAGCUCAUAGACGUCCUGCUGCGCCCUGAGUGGUCGCUUGGCACCGGCUGGCGCUUCAAAAAGCGGCCUGGCAUCGACAGUCUGCUGCAGCAGUUGGCACCGCUGUACGAAAUCGUUGUCUUCACGUCCGAGACGGGCAUGACGGCGUUCCCCCUCAUCGACAACGUGGACCCCCACGGCUUCAUCUCCUACCGACUCUUCCGGGACGCCACCCACUACGUGGACGGGCACCACGUGAAGGAUAUCUCGUGCCUGAACAGGGACCCGGCCAAGGUGGUGGUGGUGGACUGCAAGAAGGAAGCCUUUCACCUGCAGCCGUUCAAUGGCCUGGCCCUCAAGAAGUGGGACGGGAACUCAGAGGACAGGACCCUCUACGACCUCACUGCCUUCCUCAAGACCAUCGCCCUGAGCAGCGUGGAGGAUGUGCGGACAGUGCUGGAGAACUACUCGCUGGAGGACGACCCCCUGGAAACCUUCAAGCGCCGGCAGUCGCAGCUGGAGCAGGAAGAGCAGCAGCGUCUGGCCGACCUCUCCAGGACCAAGAAGCAGCAGCUGUUCCUGGGCUCUCUGACCAGCCGCCUCUGGCCCCGCUCCAAGCAGCAGUGACCCCGCUCUGGGGAGGACCCCCGAGGCAGGUAGGGGGCCGCGAAGACCUGCCCCCUCCCCUCAUCAGCUCCAGCCACAGCCUCCCAUUGGACUCCAUGUGGACUUGGUGUCUGGGGGGUCUCCCCCACGCCCGGAUCUACGGUGGCCCAGCAGGGGCAGGACAAAGCGGGGGCUCCUCACCUCCCACUCCCACCCCCCCUGUGGGGCACGGACUGCUCUUGGGAAGCACCGGGAGACACCGGACCCUCCACACGCACCUGUUCUAUGGGGGGGUGCGGAUCCAUGCUCCCCACGGACAAGGAGCAGUGCAUUGUGGGAAGGCGAAUGCAGACAUCCCCUUCCACCUCUUUUGACCCCCCCCCCCAUGACCCAUUCCUGGACCUGGUUUCCCUGCCCCCACCCAGGUCCCCCGACCAGGCUGGGAUCCAAUGAUGUGGGGUGGGGGCUUGGGCUGCCACUGCCAGCCUCAGAGCAACGGGGGUGUGGGGGGGCCCCGCAGCACCCCCCCCAUCACUGUAACCUUAAGGGUGCGAAUAAACCCAUCACUGAGGA